UCGUGACAGUGGAGGUACAACAAACAGUUCUCAGCUUACUGAUAAGUCCAUAACGUACAGGAAAAAAAAUUGUCGGAAUGAAAUUGAAAUAAAUGCAGCAAUUAGAAAAAGUGGUAAAAGAGUAAGAAAUAAAAUUCAUGCUUGUUACUACUGUAGUAAGCAAGUUAUACUUAUGGCAAGACACUUUGAAACCGUUCAUUCCGAAGAAUCAGAAGUAAAAAAAUGUUUACUUCAUCCCAAGGGUUCUCAAAAGAGAAAGCAAGCUUUCUUAGAAUUGAUUAGGGUGGGAGACUUCUAUCACAAUUGCAACGUUCUUUCUACAAAAAAAGGUCAGCUGAUAGUAAUUAGACGGCCAACAGCAGAUGAAGCACAAUUUGUUAGUGAUAUCAAUUAUGGUCCUUGUCCCAACUGUCUAGGAUUUUUAUUGAAAAAACAUAUCUGGCAUCAUGUGAAAUAUACAUGCAAGGAAAAAGUUAAUAUUGAUGACCAGAAAGAAUCCCGUCAUGUUAUUGCCGAAAGCAAUGCUCUCGUAGCUGAUAUAUUCGGAAUUGGUUUUACUAAAGAUUUCACAAAUUCAAUAAUAGCAAAGUUUAAAAACGAUGAAAUUGGUAACACCUGCAACAAUGAUAUUUUGAUAUUGAAAUAUGGAGCCAUGCAGUACGAGAAGUAUGGUGAUACUCAAAACGAGUUAAUAAGACAAACCAUGAGGCAGCUAGCUCGUUUAGUUAUAUCCCUUAAGAGAUUAACUAACAGUAGGUCGCAAACGCUUGGCGAUUUUCUGGUUCCUGAGAAAUUCGAUGUGGUUGUUCAAGCAACUAAAGACAUUAGUAUGACCACGGUAGCUAGUAGUAACUGUAGACCAGAAUUUCAUACUCCGAGUUUAGCUUUAAAAUUGGGUUAUGCUCUUAAGAAAUGUGUGGCUAUUCAGAGAGGCAGUGCUUUAAGAGCAGGAAAUAUGACAAAAAACAAGUCAUUGUUAUCAUUCCUUCAGCUGAUGAAAAUGGAAUGGAGCAUACGAAUAUCUUCCAAUGCUAUAUCCACACUUUACCGAAGAAAAUUGAAUUCCACUCAACUUUUGCCAAUUACGACCGAUUUAGUGAAACUUAGUAAUUAUAUCGAUACAAACAUGUUAAAGGCUAAACAAGAAUUAAUGCAAGACUACACUAAUAAUUAUAAGUGGACACGGCUUGCAACAUUAACUUUAUCUAGAAUAAUAUUGUUUAAUAAACGCAGAUCGGGUGAAGCAGCAAAAAUGAAGCUAACUGAUUAUAUUUCCCGACCAACUUGGGCAGAGCAAAAUACGGACGAAAUAAAAAAUUCUCUCACAAUAAUCGAAAAAAAACUGGCAGAGUCAUUGACAGUAGUGGAAAUUGAAGGGAAACGUGGCAAAAAGGUCCCAGUAAUCCUAACUCCAAAUACGAAACAAUGUAUUGAUAUUUUGAUUCAACAUAGAGUUACAUGUGGUAUUUCAAGUCAAAAUGUAUACAUUUUCGCCAGAUCUAAUCCAUCUAGUUCAAAUCUUAGGGGGCAUGAUUGCUUGAAAAAAAUAUGUGAAGAAAUUGAUUUGCAGAAUCCUUCAGCAAUAACGGGAACAAAGUUGCGUAAAUAUGUAGCAACUGUAUGUCAACUAUUUGACAUGUCAGAAAAUCAAUAUGACUGGUUAGCUCGUCACUUAGGUCAUGACAUCAAAGUACAUCGUGAUUUUUACAGAAUGCACGAAAGUGCGAUUGAACUCACCAAAGUAAGUCGAUUGCUUAUAGCUGUUGAUAAAGGUGAAGUGAACAAGUUUGCUGGAAAAUCUAUUGACGAAAUAGAAAUUAAAGAUCUGCCUACUUUAGAAGAAGAUGAGGAAGAAGAACCAGAAGCUGAACCGGAAGGUGAAGCAGGAAUUGAUGAUGAUGAAAAUGUUCAGACCAUUCACAAAACAAAAUGUAAGUGAUUAUUUGAACAAUCUUAAGUCAAAACUAAAAAAAAACAGUCAACAAUAUAUGUAAUAUUUCAGUUGUAAUCUGAGGUAACUGGGGCGUUGUAAAAACAUGCCAAAUUAAAAUGAGAAUACUAUUUUUUGCUAGCAAUAUAAUUUAUUAAUUUAUUGUUUAUUGAUUUUUUUAGUAACCAAAGCAAAAAAGUCCAAAAAGAUUUCCAGAGGUCCAGUUCCAUGGACGAAUCAAGAAAAGGAAGCCGUCUGCAAUUAUUUUAAACUUAAUAUUAAGAAGGGAAUUGUACCAAACAAAAAAGAAUGUGAGAAAUGCAUUGAGCUACAUCCCAUAUUAGUUGAAAGAUGUUGGUCAAAGAUUAAAUUUUGUGUUAAAAAUGAAAUUACUAAACUUAUGCGCAUUAAAAAUAGCAAAAAGUAACUAAUAAUGCUGGAUUUUUAGAUGUCCUAGCAGUUUUAUUUCAAGGUUUUACAUUAAUUUCUUGGUCCUAAUAAGACUAGAUUUAUUUGAAUUAUUCACCAAGCAUUUUUUAUGUUUCAAGUGUUAUUGAAUGCAUAAUCGUUAUUUUAAUUUACAUUUAAUUUUACAAUUUUUUAAUUUAGAUAUUUCAGUUUAUUUAAAGUAUUGUUCAGAAUUAACAACAAUAAUAUUUUAAUCCUAGUUUUGUAACUCAUCAAAUAAACAAAAAAAUUAAUGUAGAUCCUACCUAACUGUGACACUUUGUAAAACACUUAAUUCCUAGAAUAACUGUAUCUUACUCAUUUCUAGUAUAAACUACAUUGAUACCGAUACGUGCUUAAUAUAAAAUUUUUCUAAAUAUAUCUAGAUUUUUUCUUAAACAUGGCAACACUGCUUUCCAAACACAUUUAAUUUUUUAAUACUUAUGGCAACCUAUGUUACACACGAUCACAUAUCUAGAUACUUCUGGCAACUUUUUUACACACUAUCGGUUGAAGCAUAUUUGUGGUUCCGUUGCCACAAGUGAUAUAUAUGCAUAGCUUCGACAAAACGGAGUGUAAAUCAAUGGUUUCUAUACACAAAGAUUUCUCUUCGUCACGGUACUAUGUUUCUGACAUCUUCUCAAUUUAACCACAAUUGGGGCUUAUGCACACGUUGCCAUAAAUAUUG